UUGCCUUUAGUUCUGGUUUGAGUUGCUUAACAUGAUUUUCUACUUAGUCAGUUGUCCUGAACGGUGCUUGAUUUUCACUUUCUCCAUUGGAACACCCUCCUCCUUUGCCAUUUCUUCUUCAUCACUAGAGUGGGGUGCCCUGCAGCUGAUUUUGGAUCAUCCAUCCAUUCUUCUCGGAGACACACACAUAACACAUAAGCAGAGCAUCAAACAAAACUAACAGCUUAACAAAUGGGGCUUAUAAAUUCCACCCACUUGAAAGUCAAGCAAGCCCAGAUUAUAAUGCUCGGGCUUGAUUCAGCUGGGAAAUCCACUCUUCUCUACAAGCUAAAAUGUAAUGAAGUCUUCCUAACCCUGCCAACAAUUGGUUUUAAUGUGGAGAUGAUUAAAACAUCAAAAGAUAUGACUUUAACAAUAUGGGAUGUUGGAGGUCAGCGCAAAAUGAGGAAUGCUUGGAACAACUAUUUAGAAGACACAGAUUGCUUGGUCUACGUUGUGGAUAGUGCUAACAAGCAGCGCUUGGAAGAAUCAAAGAAAGAGCUGGAGCUUAUUUUAAGAUGCGACAGUGUAAAGAAUCUGCCUGUGGUCAUAUUGGCAAACAAACAGGAUCUUCUUGGAGCUCUGGAUGCUGAAGAAAUAACUAGGAGACUCAACAUGAAGAAGCAUUGCCAAAACCGAAACUGGUAUGUACAACCCUGUUGUGCAGUUACAGGAGAAGGACUCUCACAAGCAUUCCAAAAAGUGACAAAAUUUGCAAAAUCUUGCAUAAAAUCUAAACAAGAAGGCUUUGUGAUUUUCAAACAACUUUAAACUAUCGCAUUAUAAUCUGAAUAAUUAACUCAUUGCUGGGAUAGAAAAUUAAUCUGUUGGUGAAGCAUCUGAUUUUGCAAUAUGUUUCCUAAUUUUUUAUAAAAGUGAAAUAUUUAUGACAGAUUUUGUGCCAGUCACUCAUUUCUAUUGGUCUUCAAAAAUAUUCUGUUGCAUCUGAAGAAAGGAAUAUAAUUCUUGAAGUUAUGAAAUUGCAAAAAGAAUAAAAUUAGCUACAGUGUAAAUGGUUACGGGAGUGUGUUUGUGUCUGUAUCUGUAAAUGGCAUCUAUUUUGCAACCAACACUAUGCAAUAAUUAAUGUAGUAAUUUUGAAACCUCUGCAAUAAGUAACUGGAAAUGGUUAGACAAAAUCCUAAUCAUCAUUAGUAAAGUAUGUGUAUAAGACCAAAUGAAAUAUAGCUUUGCAGUUCUGUCCUAAAGUUUAUGCUAGCAUAUCUGCUAUAGCAGCCACACAAAGAUAAAAUGUUCAAUAUAAUAUAUAAAUUGUACAAAUAUGUUUUUAUUUUAAUUAAACCAGAUAA